CAGGCGCUGACUGCGAAAUACUAAUCAAAGAUAGCAGCAUCUUUGAAGGGCAGUUCGUCACGCAGGAUAUGAAAAAAUCAAUGGCAGCCUAUCCAGAAUUUAUUGGCGUAGAUGCGUAGAUACCUUGCAUAGCAGACUCACAAGGGCAAACCGAAAUUGUAGCUGGUUGCAUUUUAAUGCACGAGACUUAAGAAAACAUGCAAUGGUUCGUCGAUACUUUCAAAAAGAAACAUCCAUAUUGGGAGAAAAUUAAAACCGUUAUGGCAGAUAAGGACAUUUACGAACGGGAAAUGUUUAAGAAUAGUUUUGCAAAUGGCAAAAUUCUUAUUUGCCUUUUUCACACGGAACGGACAUUUAAUAUGGAAAUCACCACUGGAAAGCUGGGAAUAACCAAGGGACAAAUGGAUACAGCUAAAUCUAUUAUCCAAAAAAUAAUUUAUUCAAAUAAUGAGGAGGAAUAUUAUUAUCUGUAUAAUAAACUGAAAGCAGAAGUCCCCAAGUCAGUUAUGAACUAUUUCGAUAAGAACUGGCUGGUAUUAGAGAUGAAUAAACUCUAUCUAGCCAUUUUAUGAAAAUGACAUACAUGAACUCAACAAAUAUUAGAUUGGAGUCUUUGAUUGAGAAAAUAAGACAAUCGCUGUCAAAUUUGCUACAUUAGAGAAAUUUAUUGAGGAUUUUUUUAUUCCAAUCUCCACAAGUACUGAGCAUGACGUGGUUGCUGCUUCUUCAUAUUUAAAAAAGAAAGCUUUUUCCUUUCAAGAAAGCAGCCCUGAGCACUUUUACUGCAACUUUCUUUCAAAUUCUGGGUUCCAAUUUGUAAGAAAAGAAUUAGAAAAGCAGGGCGUUUAUAAAAUUAUAGGAGUAUCUUCUGAUACUGGUAAUCUAAUUUUAAAACG